AUGCAUGUGAUGAAGAGGAUGUUAAUGGCUUGGGUAAUCGGUCUCAUCCAAACCUGGGCUGACUCCAUCACAGAGGGCCUCGUAAAGCUGACGGGCAACACCAAGCGACAUGACAAACGAUGGUAUCCGUUGAACCCUCAACUGGGUCAGCUUAAGGAUCGGAACCCAAUAGCAGUAUCGCGAUUCUCACAGGAACAAGUGGCCCAAACGUUAGCUCACGUAGCACCAGCAGUAGUCGGUCUCACUCAUAUGGCACGAGUACUCAAGGCUGGUCAUGCGUUGGAGUACUAUGCGAAGAGUGGUGGACGAAGACGCUUCCGUCGACGUGUGAAGGACUUACCCAAGGAUAAGGUGAAGUACAGGUGA